AAACGGUUUCCACCAACCAAACAUUAGCAGAGGGGCUGCAAUAUUCCUGGAUUAUUGGCAAUGGCUACCUGUGGCAGAGCGCAUACAGGCUACAGUAGUACAAAGCAGCCGCGGCCUCGAAGCCGGGAGUUUUACCAUCGUCCUUCUGUCGAGCGAUGCAAGGACUAAUGCAAGAUAGCUACCGUAGCUGCUGCUGCUGCUGCUGCUACUGCUGAAGUAAUGGUACUCCUUCCCACUACUGCACAGGACAAAUUCCGCGAUCUAGUGCCGUCUACCCUAGAAGGAACAGACUCAAACUUAAUGAUAUUGGCCCAACGUGCCGGCCGCAUGGCUCCACCUCUGCCUUCUUUGCAGGCCCUCUGGCUGCUUAUCGUUCAUCCGGGUUCGCUAGAUCAGAGCGGUGAAACCACACCAGAACCACAUCGAAUGGAACAAUUUACAGUUGAGAGCCAGUCCCCCGGAACACGCCGGGUCCAGGGAGAAGACAGUGCCUUCCCAUCGAAGUAUCGGCAGGUCCAAUCGCUAUCGCUUCUGCGGUCGGUCAGGCUUAGCUCCGAGAAGACAAUCGUCGUUGCCAUGCCGGACAACCCUCUGCUGCUGUAAGCCCUUUGUCGUCCGAUGCGGGAAGGAAGCUAUACUCUUGUAGUGGGCGCGCCGAUGCCCCAUUCUCUAUUAUUCAUUGGACCUUGACCGC